UCAUAAUUUAGAUACAGCAUGCUAACCCUUCUUUCGGCCUUAGCGUUUCCUUCGUUCGUCCAUCGCAAUGCAACGGUAGUCAAUCCAUCCACAUCCCAACCACCUCCGCGUCCCAUUCCGCAUUAUGAUAGGGUCAGCUCUCUCCCCCUCCCGGGGAAUCAAGCCACCCCGACCGGUAAACCGCGAAAAAUGACCGGCGCUGGAGGGUCAAGAUGGUCGGUCGUCGAUAAGCUUCGUUGUGGGGCUGAUCAGUCCGUCAAUAUUGCUUGGGUUACACACAUCUUUAUCUAUAGCAAGCUCUAGGACCCCCGCACGACGGGCCUGCACAAGGGAUAGGCAUACAUAAGGGUCGAUUGGGGCCGGUUUUACUCUGUAUUUUUACUGACUUUUGCUGGGUAUCUUGUUGGAGAAGACAGUAUGAGUGAUAUGAAAGGUAGUGCAACGCUGAGCAGCAGAGUAAAGAGCAGUGCGGCGUCUGCUGCUCAGCCUCUUGGAAAUGCCGACGAUGGAUCAGGGGUCAUCCAUGUGCAGAACGAGGAUGAGCUGCGACUGGCUCAGAUGGGCCACAAGCAGGAAUUGAAGCGCCAUUUCUCGGUCUGGAGCCUGAUCGGACUGGCUGCUAAUUGCACCAUUUCCUGGACCGGACUCGGUCUUGGCUUGAUCACGGCGAUCGACGCUGGUGGUCCUGGAGCUUGUAUGGCGGAGUUCAUCCCUAUGGCGCGAGAGACAUAUAAAAGACUAAAAGCCUAUCCAGUGAUUUACGGCUUCAUCCUUGUCUUCAUCCUUCAGUCAUUCCUGGCAACGUCACUAGCGGAAUUCGUAUCCGCGUAUCCCGUCGAAGGGGGGAUGUACCAUUGGAUCGCGGCCAUUGCGCCCAAGCGGUACAAUAGCGUUCUGAGCUUCGCGACGGGCUGGAGCACGGUCUUCGGAUGGAUAUUCACAAGCGCAUCGACCAACCUGAUCUACGCGACCAACUUCAUGGCGCUGAUUGCGCUGUACCACACGGACUUAACCAUCCAGCCCUGGAUGACAUUCGUGGCUUACCAGGGCCUAAACCUGUUGACGGCGGGGAUAGUCAUGUUUGGAAAUCGGUUCAUUCCUAUGAUUAACAAGUUUUCGCUGUGCUACCUCCAACUGGCAUGGUUCGUCAUCAUGGUCACUGUCGUUGCUACGGCGCCGAGACACAAUAACAACAAGUUCGUCUUCCAGACGUGGGUUAACAACACGGGGUGGGAGAACAACGUUAUCUGUUUCAUCACCGGCCUUGUGAACCCGUUGUACUCCCUCGGCGGUCUGGAUGGAAUCACACACAUCACGGAGGAAAUGCCCAAUCCCGGCCGAAACGCACCUCUUGCCCUAGCCUGCACACUCGGCAUAGCAUUCGUAACGGGUCUAUCCUAUCUCCUCAGCCUCAUGUUCUCCGUCCAAAAUUGGGAAUCGUUGAAAGACUCCCAGACGGGCCUUCCCCUGGCCGAAAUCUUCCGCCAGGCUACACAAAGCCGCGGCGGUGCCUUUGCGCUGGUUUUCAUUCUCUGGGUUGCGCUGGGGCCGUGUAUGCUUGGGUCUCAAUUGAGCACCGGGCGGAUGGUCUGGGCAUUCGCUAGAGACGAUGGCCUGCCUUUUUCCAAGACAUGGGCCAAAGUCCACCCCCGCCUCGGCUCCCCCUUCAACGCCCAACUCUGCGUCGCAGUCAUCAUCGCUCUACUGGGCUGCAUCUACCUAGGAUCCAGCACGGCAUUCAACGCAAUGAUGAGUUCCGCAGUCACAAUCAACAACCUCGCCUACCUAGUCCCCAUCCUAACGAACGUCCUCGUCGGACGGCGCACCAUGCACCGCGGGCCGUUUUUCCUAAACUAUGCAGCCGGCAUGGCGGUUAAUAUCAUCACCGUGUGCUGGCUGGUGUUUGCUAUUGUGUUUUUCUCAUUCCCUUAUUAUCAGCCUGUGUCUGCAUCCAAUAUGAAUUACACUUGCGUGUGCGUUGGGGGCUUUGUGGUUCUCGAGCUGCUUUGGUGGUUUGUUGCUGGGAAGAGGUACUCGAUGAGUAUGAAGAAGGCUAGGGAGGAGGACCAGAAUGCUGCGCGGGCGGUUGUUGUUGGUGCGAGUGAUGAGAAGGGUGUGAAUUAGGGGGCCAUUGGAGAUGUUUGGAUACCAUUCGAGAUGUUAGAUUUAGGGGCUGGGUUUCUAUGCAGAAUGUGAC